GUUUGUAAAAUUGUAUUAUUUGUUUAAAUAAUUAUAUUAGUAUUUCAUACAAAAUAAGUAUAUGAAUUGAUUUUGAAGAUAAUUGAAACAAAUAUUAUAUCGAUAAUUAGUUAUUGAUUGUUAUAUAAUAGACAACCAAUGGAUAGCAAGGAGUUGUUGCGUUGCCAACAGAUUGCCGUUAGUUUGGCCAUAAAAGUCGGACAAAUGAUGACUAACGCCUCGGGAGAGAGUCGUAACAUCAGUCAAAAGGAUUCAUUUGCCGAUUUGGUGACCGAAACCGAUAAAGCGGUCGAAAAGUUUCUCUUCGAUGAAUUAAAGAGACAUUUUCCUGAUUUUAAGUUUAUUGGCGAAGAAAGCAGUUCUCGGGUGGGAUUGACAUCAGAGCCCACAUGGAUUAUAGACCCGAUUGAUGGCACAAUGAAUUUUGUUCAUACCUUUCCAUUUACUUGUGUAUCAAUUGGUUUAACUGUUGAUAAGAUUGCUGUAUUAGGUGUAGUCUUCAGUCCAUUUUUAUCCAAACUUUAUACUGCUAUGAAAGGGUGUGGCGCUUAUUGUAACGGUCGGCCCAUAUCUGUGAGCAAAAACUGCAAUUCACUUAAAGAAGCUCUUCUUGUCUGUGAAUUUGGUAACCAAAGAGAUGAGGAGAAACGUAACGCUGUUUUCCGUAAUCUGGAAUCAGUUGGUUGGCUCUGUCACGGCAUCAGAUGUAUGGGUUCAGCUGCUCUUAACCUCUGUUAUGUAGCCGAAGGUUUUGCUGACGCCUAUUGGGAAUUUGGUCUUCACGUGUGGGAUAUGGCCGCCGCUGCUGUUGUCCUCACCGAAGCAGGUGGUGUAGCGGUCGACACAAAAGGAGGUCCUUUAGACUUAACAAACAGAAGAAUUAUUGGCGCUUGUAAUCAAUCAAUUGCUGACCAAUUGGGUAAUACAUUGCCCAUACAUCUAGAGUUAGAAAGAGAUUAAUACAUUAUUUAUUAAUAAUACUUUAUUUUAUUACUUAAAUCAUGACAUCCGUUA